AUGGGCUGCGGUGAAGCGUUCGAAGGUGUUGCCGUCGGCGCGGACAUGUACCACGUGCAAAAAGUUCGCGCCUUCAUUGGUCCCUACUGUAAUGCUGAGUUGGACGCGGUAGCUAAAAUGGCAACCUUUUGGAACAUUCCUGUUGUUGGUUACAUGGCCUCUUCGAACGCAUUUGCCGACAAAUCCAUCUAUAGGACCCUGGCUCGUGUUUCACUGAGGACAACGAACUCUUUGGCUGAAGCUGUCGCUGCUAUUCUCAAUCAUUACAACUGGACAAAGGAUCUUCUUGUUCAGGUUGGUGUCGCAACAAACACUGGUGUGGUGGCAUUCGAACGAUUUACGGCCUUCGAAGAGGUUUUCAACAAGAGAAAGAUCGAGAUAACAAAGAAGGUGAUGUUCGAUGAGAAUGCGGAUGCCAAAGCCAUGGAGCAAAGUGGUCUGCUGGAAGAACUGUCGAACAACGCUAGAGGUGAGAUACCUGCUAAUCUCUACUUUUCGAUACAAAGCUCCUGUCACAACGGGUCAAUGUUUGGCUUCCUAGCAAACAUCUAUGGCUACAUCCACCUGUACGAUGCAUUGCGACUCUAUGCGAUUGCUGUUCGCACAGCGAUGAAUCGAACAGGAAAUCCGGACAUCUAUCAGGAUGGACGAUACAUAUGGAAUCAGAUGAGGCGUAUCACCUUCCCAGGUCUUGUCUCGGCUGCCGGUGUAAGUUCUGGGACCGUCAUGAUGGACGAUAUUGCUGAACGUGCACCAAUUUACGCAGCUUUCCACGUGCCGGCUAACAGCGAUACCGUAAGAAAGGUAAACGAGAUUGAACCAAAGUUAAUCAGUAACUGUGAUGGCCUGAAAACGAAGACUGGCUGUUUCGACUUGCAAAUCACAGACGUAAUGACGGGAUUCUGGCCCUCACCGGAUGGUGAAAUGCCAAAAGAGGAACCCGCAUGUGGCUUCCGUAACGAGCGUUGCGACUACACAAUGAUCAUCAUUGCCGGUGUAUUAUUGACAGUACUGAUCCUCAGCAUUGUGAUCGCUCUUAUCAUGGUGCGAGUGUGUGAGAACCGUGCAUUAGCAAGAAUGCCGUGGAGAAUUUACCGGGACGAUUUUAGAGUGAUUGGCGAGGAGGAAUUCCGUUCUAUGCUAUCGAUUGGAUCGACGUCAACAAAGCUGUCGAAUUCGACGUCAUUCGCCAAGCACCAUGCCGUGCUUGGUACAAACACUCAUGCCUCAUUUCAUGUCUAUCCCCAGCGACGUCCAAUCACUUUCAACCGCGUUGACAUGCAGUUGUUGACAUUGAUGAAGCAGUCAAUCCAUGACAACCUUGAAUCCAUUCCUUGGCAUGUCGUUCAACGAGAAAGAGGAAAUGGUACUGCUAUGGAAAUACUGCUCCCGUGGUACUGUGCAGGAUAUCAUAUACAACAAAGAGAUGGUACUGGAUGCAAAAUUCCACGGCGCCUUCAUCAGAGACAUCACCUUGGAACAAUGUUGCAGGGUUUGGAAUAUCUUCACUCGUCUCCUAUCGGCUUCCACGGUUCACUUACCCCAUGGGCUUGUCUCAUCGAUCGGAACUGGAUGGUUAAACUGACAGACUUCGGAAUCGCUGAUUCAUUGGAACGAUGGGAAAAACAGGGCCUUAUUGCAACGGAAACAUUGAAAGAAGGUGAUGACGAAGGGAAGAGCGGUUCACUUCAGAAAACAAUACCCCGAAAGGCUCAAUAUUUCUGGAAUAAUUUUUUCAGGAGGGGCUCUCUUGUCGACCAAAUGAUGCACAUGAUGGAGCAGUAUGCCAAUAAUCUCGAGAAACUCGUCCAAGAACGUACUGGUAUGCUGGAGGAUGCGAAUGCACGAGCCGAUAAACUUCUCUCUCAACUUCUUCCAAAAUAUGUUGCAAACGAAUUGAAACUUGGCCGACCAGUGCCUCCGAAAAUGUUCCAAUCGGCCACCGUAUUCUUCAGCUCAGCAGAGGAGGUCAUCCUCGCAUUUUUCAAGAACGUUAGGGUGGAGACAAUCGGUGAUGCGUACAUGGUUGUAUCCGGAAUCCCAGAAGAAAACGGUACCAGACAUAUCAUGCACAUCUCCGACAUCGCUCUAGAGAAUCAUGGAGGUAGAUACUCAAAACGUACGAGAUCCCACAUCGUCGUACAACCCGACUACGUCUCCGUAUUGGUUACCACUGCGGCUCUGUGGCGGCUGGUGUCAUCGGUUAAUAUGGCAUCCAGAAUGGAAUCAACAAGCGAACCGGAGAAGAUCCAAAUGUCAGAAAGUGCCCAUGACAUGCUUGCCAAGUUCUACCCAGAAUAUAAAACUGAGCUGAGAGGAACAGUUGAUGUGAAGGGCAAGGGAACGUGCACUACGUACUGGCUGCUUGGUAGAGAAAUGCACAGCAGCCCGAGAGAGGACGAGGUGUUCACUGGUCUCAAGAGGGAUGGCUACAAAUCCACACCGUGA